UAAAUUUUUUUCUUGUCUUGAAACAUUAAAUGUACAUUAAAUUAUGGAAUCAUGUAAAUAUGUCCUUUAAUAAAACACUGUAAAAAUGUGUCUGUUCAUCCAUGUCAAUAUAAAAACUAUCAGAAUCAUUUCUAUCAAAUCACAACAUUGUGCUCUUUAUUCAGAAAUCCCCCAAAACAAUUAAAUAAUUCCAUCAAAAGUUAGAAACUCUGACUUCAGUCAUUUAUUAGUGUGUGUGAGAAAAUGUGUCAAUGACAGGAAUUAACUUAAAAUAUUUAGUAGAACGGCACUUUGUGAAGUUCGGUCCAUUUACUUGUGUUAGCUUACUGGAACACAGACCACAUUCAACAUGGCGGACGCUGUGACGUAUCGCAGCAACGGGCCGACCCGCUCCAUGAGGCGUCUGCGUAUUCAUGUCCAUGGAUGCAUCGAUGCAUCCUCGAUAAAAUGGGCGGAGCAAGAACACAUCCGGGUACUUUGAGCGUUCUUGCCUGGAUGAGUACUUAGAACUGGAACAGUACUUAGGCUGCUGUCGAUAAUGUUUCACAAGGACGUGAGAACACAAGUACAGACAAGAACGCAUAUUGAGAAAUCAAUGUGUCCAUUAUUGGGGAAGUCUCUGAGCAAAAUGAGCAAAAGAAUAUAAAUAUAUCAGUAACCAGUGGUUACCUUCUGGUUCUGGUUCUGGUCCUGGUUCUGUAGCAGGUUGUCUGUCAGGACAAGUCGUCCUGGUUGCAGCAGGACGAGUCUGGACCCGCUGGGAUCUUCAGCAGGUCCAGGUCGGAGCCAGGAACAGAACCGAGCUGGUUCAGCAGCAAUUCUGAUGUUGGAGCGAUCGCCGUCUGUCUCUGAGUCCAAUUCACCUGAGACACAACAUCUGAUCUAACAACACACUCUAGGAACCUGGCUCCGCCCACACACACGUCCUCUGAGAGAGAGAGUGUUUCUCUGCGUUUGUUUCUAAUACCUGUGGGGAUCAUUUUCCUGACAUAUACUACGACCCGCUGCUCCUUGUGGGACCGAAGCCUGGGCCCCACAAAGGGAAACGUUUUUGGGUUAGGGGUCAGAUUUAGGACUACGGUGUGAAUUGAGUUUUGGAUAGGGUUAGGGUUAGCUUUAGGUUGCAGAAAUGAAUGGAAGUCAAUGGAAAGUCCCCACAAAGAUAGCCACCCAAACGUGUGUGUGUGUGUGUCAAUGUGUGUGUGUGUCGGGGUCGCACCCAGCAGAGGGGGAGUGUUUAUUGGGCGAGCGUCGUCUCCUCGUCGUUCGCUUCAGAUUAAAGCAGACACCCUGAGGAGCAACAUGUGUCAGUUUCUCUGUGUGUGUCAGAGUGUGUGUUAAUGUGUGUGUGUCAGAGUGUGUGUUCAUGUGCAUUAAACAGGGAGCAAACAAUCUGGCCGGCGGCUGCAGAUCCAGGAGGUUUUCACAGCAGCAGGAAGGAGAAACUCAGCUUAAGAGGCCGCGCACUUCCCUGGAAUCUCUGGAAAAGUGAUCCGCUCCUUGUUUUCCUGCCUGACAGUCGACCGUGUGGGCACAGUGAUCCGGACCUCCGUCACCACGGCAACAAGACUGAAGGAAACAGAGAGCGGGAAGAAGAAGAGGAGGAAGAAGAACAGGACGGCCUCUCGCUGCAGCCAACAUGUCGGCGAUCCGAGGUGGGGGCGUCCUGCUGCUGCUGAGCUGCGUGUGCCUCAUGCUCUUAGCCCCGUCCCCUGGUGCAGGUGAAGGAAGCAACUGCAGCUGCAACGCUACCAACAGCCGCUGUGAUGAGUUCGGAGUCUGCAGGUGUGAUCCGGGCUGGGACGGUGAGCUGUGCCAGCGCUGCGUGACGAUGCCGGGUUGCGUGCACGGCUCCUGCCUGCAGCCGUGGCAGUGCGCGUGUCAGCCGGGCUGGGGCGGCCGAUUCUGCGACAAAGACCUCAGCGUGUGCUCCCAGCAGCCCUGCCUCAACGGCGCCACCUGUCUGCUGGAGGACAGCGGAGACUUCCGCUGCUUGUGUCCAGACGGUUUUCAUGGUCCGACCUGCCGGAGGAGGAAGGGGCCGUGUCUCCAGAGAAGGUCCCCGUGUAAAAAUGGCGGCCUGUGUGAGGACGCUGACGGCUUUGCGGCAGAGCUUGUGUGCCGCUGCCUCGCCGGAUUCACGGGGCCCCGCUGUGAGACCGACAUCGACGACUGCUUGAUGGGGCCGUGUGCCAGCGGCGCCACCUGUGUGGAUGGAGUUAACCGGUUCUCCUGCCUCUGCCCGGUCGGGUUGUCGGGCCGGUUCUGCACGGUCAACAUGGAUGACUGCGCCAGCCAGCCCUGCCGAAACGGCGGCCGCUGCCUCGACCGCGCCGGAGGCUUCCGCUGCCUCUGCCGGCCAGGAUUCGCCGGAACCACCUGUGAAACGCCGCCGAGCCCCGCCAGCCCCAGCCCGUCGGUCUGGACCACGCGGGCCCGGGACACUGGUCACCAUGACAACAGGAAGGUAAAGGUGACGGUGAAGGAGCGCGGCGCCGGCGGACUGUCUGACCUGCAGCUCAUGGUCGUGUUGGUUCUGACGAGCGUGUCUGUAGGCGUGGUGGCGCUGACCGCCGCUCUGGUCCUCCACGCCCCCUGCCGACGCCGUGGCCACGCCCCCUGCUGGUUGUCCCCAUCGCCGCGCAGCAGGCGGGAACCUGGCGACCAGCCAGAGCAUCGGAUCAGCUUCCUGAAUGCAGCAGAACCACAGAAAAAGAAACUCAACAUAGAAGUUGUUUAGAGAGAGGUCAGAGGUCACAGAUCCACCUGCACUAUGACAUUAUACUCUACGUUGAUCAGAUGGUUUGCAGCAUGGAACCGGACCUGACUGGACCAGAAUUCGCACUCAGGAAGGCGUUACCAUGACGACCGUUCUUUAACAGGAACAUUUCUCUGGAUGGAUCCGGAUCGGGUCGGGGUGGUGAACCGAGUCAGGAGGAAGUUCUGGUUCCUAGAACCGGCUUUGGAUCGACUCCCCGUCUGUUUUUACUCUUAGACCGGAACCAGAACCAAACUGUUCUGUAAAUACUGUAAGAUAUUCUAUUUAUUGCUUCUUGUACAGAUUUUAUUCGACCCGUCGGACCCCGGUGGUCCAGCAGGGGGCGCCGAUUGUCAGACAUUAACAGAAGUAGUUUGAGUUCAUAUCGAUGUUUUUUUAUUCAUUUAUAAAUGUCACCAUUUCAAACUAAAUAUUCAGUUACAAAGCUAAAUAUUGCUAGCUUACAGAAUAAAAGUUUAGUUAGCAGGUUUGCUAACUAAACUUUUAUAAGUGAAACAAUAACAUGGUGAAAAUGACUGAAGAAUGAACUUGUUUUUCUCUGACCGGCUGAAUGACGGCGGUCCAGAAGUCAUCAGAACUCUGCUCUGAACUAAACCAGAACCGAUCCGGUCCGCAUUCAAUAAAUCUGUUUCACUCUG